AUGCUGUCUCGCCUCUCCGGCUACCUGGCCCUCCUCGGCGCACUGGCCGCGACGGCGACGCCCCUCGUGCGGGACAAGUCCCCCGUGAGCGUCCCGUUCACGCGCAAGUUCACCUUCACGAACGGGUCGACCGUACCCGACAUGGACCGCGUGCGGAUCACCAACCUCAUGUGUGGAUGCAACAACCGGUGUUCCAACGAUGCGAAGACGCUGGUGAAGGAAAAGCUCAGCGCUGCGGCGACUGUGUUCAACACCGACGCGACGAAUGGCGCCGUGGAGUACACCAUGACCGUUGGUGUUGGUUCACCCGCUACGGACUACACCUUGAUCGUCGACACCGGUAGCUCGAAUACCUGGGUUGGUGCCAACCAGGCAUACACACAGACCAGCACUUCCACUAGCACUGGCCAGACUGUCGAGGUCACCUACGGCUCGGGUGAAUUUGAGGGCACUGAGUACACCGACACUGUCACGAUCGCGGACGGCCUCGCCAUCACUGGGCAGUCCAUCGGUGUCGCUUCCUCCUCCUCGGGCUUCUCGGGCGUCGAUGGCAUUCUCGGCCUCGGUCCGGAGGACCUCACCUGCGGCACGCUCACGACGGACGAGAGCGCGUGCAUCCCCACCGUCGUCCAGAACGCGUACUCGCAGGGCCUCAUCUCCGCACAGGAGCUCGGCAUCUCGUUCGCACCCAUCACCGGCAGCUCUGGCUCGGACACCAACGGCGUGCUCACCUUCGGCGGCGCCGACUCGAGCUGUACACCGGUACCCUCACCUACAGCGACAUCACGUCGACCGAGCCGGCCGGAGACUACGUCGGCAUACCCAGACCGUUCCUAUGGCUCUGAGACGCUCUUCUCCAACGAGGCGGGUAUCGUGGACACCGGCACGACCCUCAUCUACAUCCCGAGCUCCGCGUACAACCGCUACGUCUCCGCGACCGGCGCGACGCUCGAUGACAACACCGGCCUGCUGCGCCUGAGCACGUCGCAGUACAACAAUCUCAAGGACAUGACCUUCACGAUCGGUGGCACCGAGUACACCUUCACCGCCAACGCUCAGAUCUGGCCGCGCUCCCUGAACACGGCGAUCGGCGGCACCACCGACUACGUGUACCUCGUCGUGAGCGACAUGGGCUCGAGCGGGGAGAACGGGCUCGAGUUCAUCAACGGCAUGACCUGGCUCGAGCGCUACUACUUUGUGUACGACUCGGGAGCGAGCCAGGUGGGCUUUGCGACGACGCAGUACACGGACGCGACGACCAACUAGGCGGCCGCGUUUUCGGGGGUCAGGGUGGGAGCGGUGGAGGUUAUUUGGGCUCGGUGUGGGAGCCUGCGGGUGUGGACGUGGGCGUGGUCUCGUCGGGAUGUGAAAAAGUGAAUUGAUUGUAGACCAUACAGCAAGUACUGCUGAAUGCCUUCUGCGCAAUGCGGGACGGCUGUGGCACUGCAUACAAUGUCACCUGGGUCUGCAUGGUCAAUUGUGUCAGUGUGACGGGGGACCACCACUGACGCCUGGAGCUUUUUUGAAUAUUGUUUCCAUCAAUUUUAACCACGCACCCACC